GAUUUAUCGAUAUGGCAAGCACAUUCACGACCGCGAGAGCACCGUCGAGCCCAAUGUCGCUGCAACAUUGUCACUUUCGUUCGUAAGUUCAGGUGUAAGACCUUAAAGAGCGUGAGGUUGGUUGGGGCGAGAGGGGGCGACAUGCUGCUACGACCAGAGCCAUGACAUCUGCAGUCGCAUCUGCCAUUCGACCUGGGCUACGCGAUAGACAGCAAUCCGGCUCUCCACAUACUCCUAGUCGAUACAUAUCCUCCGUCCAGUCUUCGCCAGGCUCGUCCUUCUUCCGCGCGGAGGAAGACCCGAUUAUCAUCGAACUCGAUCCGCGUGGACUCAGCGCAGGCUUUCAAGGAGAGAGCGGGCCUCAAUGCACGAUCCUCUUUACUCCGCAGACUUCCAGACGGGUCGGCGACCACCGCACGUAUCUGCCAGACUACAAGAGGCGGAAGGAUGACCUCCAACCCAGGAGCAAUGACUUCGAACUAUGGAGAAGUGAUGUCAAAGAUUUGGAUCUAGGUCUGCUGGAAGACAAGCUAGAACGAGCAGUACGGGAGGCAUAUAACAAACAUCUGCUGGUCGAUGCUGGAUUGGCCCGUCUGAUCCUGGUCUUGCCGUCCCUUGUGCCGCAUCCUGUGCUAUCGACGGUCCUUACGCUCUUGUUUGAGCGAUGGAAGUUUGCGUCUAUCACUCUUCUGCCCUCGCCCACCAUGACAGUUGUUGCGGCAGGCUUGCGUUCAGGGUUGGUUGUCGAUGUCGGUUGGGAGGAGACAACCAUCACCGCCAUCUACGAAUAUCGAGAGAUCCUGGUUCAACGCACCGUUCGUGCCAUGAGGGCACUCACUUUGAAGGUCGGGGCACUUCUGGAAGAGAUCAGGAAACAGCAAGAUGCAUCCAUUGGAGACUCCCUAGUCUUGGAUUUUGACUUCGUGGAGGAGUUCAUCGACCGUACUGGGACAUGUCAUGGACUUUUACCAGAUUCAGAAGAUGACUUGACUGCAAAAACAGACGCCUUGGACCUUGAUGAUCACCCAGCCGACAAUACCACGAAUGCACCAGCUACUGAUAUCGUGAUCGAGUGGCCUACUCUCACAUCAACUCGCCCUGUGUCAAUUUCUCGAGCAGCACUGCAAGAUGCUUGUCGCCGAACUCUCGUAGGAACGACAGAUGAAGACCAACUGGACGACCACGAACACUCCAUCAGUCAGGUGCUCUACCGAGCUCUUCUCUUUGUCUCAGCAGAUGUACGCAGCCUCUGUAUGUCUAGGAUCGUCUUCUCUGGGCGUGGGCUGAGAAUUGCUGGUCUACCAAAGUCCAUCCUUGACAGAACCAAUAACAUCAUCGAAGAAUAUGGCUGGACCGCUGUUCGGGGCAAAAACUUCAAUUCUAAAAGAAAUGGACUGAAAGAGCUUGCUCGGGCCAGAGCUGAGCCAGUGGAUGCCCGACAUGACACCACACGACCUGGCGUCGGUGAUUUUGUGGAGGAGAGACUUCACAAACAAAAGUCAAAAGACACGAACCCUUCAAUAUUGGCGAGCCUUCGACAGGUGGACACUUUGGGACCUUGGGCUGGAGCAAGCCUUGUGUCCAGCCUGAGAGUAAGGCCGUUUGUUGAGAUCGAGAGGGAGAAGUUCCUUUCCCAUGGUCUGGCAGGGGCACAUCGUGAUCUGGAUUUACCCGUUACUUCUCAACGACCAGCGGCCGCAAAGCAAGGCGAACGGACGAGCUGGACUCUGGCUGGUUGGGGCUGAUCAGCAGGAUAUAAGCACAGUGCCUGCAAUAACCACCUUCUCCUGUAAGCCUACAAUCUCAACGGCUGGGUGUGAGCUCAGAAUGCCACCGUCCGUGAGAACAAGAAUUAGGAGAGUUUCUCGUUGUGCUCGUUGUGGUCUCAUUGCCGCGGCGAUGUGCCUGACUUGAGAAUCCAUGCACUAAAUAGGUCACCUCAUUCGCUCUGCACAUAUUCUACCCCUGGCCCCAUCUUGUACCUAUGGCAUCCUUGGAUCAUUGUGUUCAUCUCAAUUGUUUGCACCUCACAGCAGGAUGGCACGUGACAAAGGACAAACCUCUCACAUGGGCAACAUUGUCAU